AUGCAAGUAUACAAGCCUUGUGGGGCUUGGCAGGAGGCUGCAGACAUGUACAGAAAAGAAGGAGAGUGGAUUGAAGCAGAGCGUGUUGCUGCUGCUGGAGGAGGUGCAGCAGCAGCAAGACGCAUGCAGCUGCUGCAUGCAAGAGAAACGCUAAAGACAGACAGCCCCGAAGCAGCAGUGCAGAUGCUCCUGAAGAGAGGAGAAAACGCAGCAGCGGUGGAGUUGGCGUUGGAAGCGGAGGCGUUUGCUUUAGCUGCCUAUACAGCAGAGCAGCACUGCAGCGAGAAGCUAGCUGAGGUGUAUGUGCAGCUGGGGAGACAUAAAGAAGCAGCCGGACAACUUCAUGAAGCAGAAGAAGCAUAUUUAAAAGCGCACUUCCCCGCUGCUGCUGUCGCCUUAUACAGAAAACGCGGGAAGCUGGAGGAGGCUCUGCGCGUCGCGCGUUUAAAUUUGCCUUCGGAAGUGCAGCAGCUGCUGCUGCAGCAAGCGAAAGCCAAAGUAGCAGCAGAGGACCUGCAGGGAGCUGAAGCAGCACUGCUGGAAGCAGGAAGAGAAGACGUCGCAGUGCAGCUGCUGCUCCGCAAAGGCAAAUUUGCUGCUGCAGUUCGUCUCUGUGGGCGGCGGGCCCCACAGCUGCUGCAGCAGGUGCUGCAGCAGCUGCAGCAGCAGCAGCAGCAGUUUAAAUCGAUGAACGAACUAAGUGAUAUAUGCAGUGCCCUUGAGGAGGCUGGUGCAAUAGAAGAGAGCGUUGCUUUUUGUUUAUCUGCUGACUCUCUUCCUCCGGCUGACCCCCAAACCCUUCGCUCAUUCUGGCUGCAUGCGGUUGAGUUGGCUAAAGGGCUUGGGGACCCUCUCCAUGCUGCUGCUGCUGCUCGCGCUGCAGCAGAGCUGCAGCAACUCGGAGACAGAAAAGCAGCAGGAGAUAUGCUGCUGGCAGCAGGGAAGAAGAAGGAGGCCCUGAAGUGCUACGUAGCAGCAGAAGCAUGGGCGGCAGCAAAGGAGUUGGGUGCAGCACUGGGUACAGCAGCAGCAGCAGAAGUGUCUCUGCUGCAGCAGCAGCAGCUAAAAGAGAAAGGCGACGCAGACGGCUUGCUGCUAGAAGGGUUUGUAGAUGCUGCGGCCCUGCUCGAGGAAGCAAGUGCUGCAGAGGCGGCUGAGCUGCUUAUUACAAUCAUUCAAGGCACCAGCAGCAGCAGCAUCAACAGCAACAGCAGCAGCACCCACAGCAACAGCAGCAGCACGAACAGCAGCAGCAGCAACAGCAACAGCAACAGCAACAGCAGCAGCAGCAGCAGCAGCACAACGAUUCGAACCGAUAAAAUUUUGUCUCUUUGCACAAAAGUCGCCUCCGCGCUGGAGCUGCAGUAUCAGCAGCAGCAGCUACAACAGAGCAGCAGCAGCAGCAGCAGCUGCAGCAGCAGCAGCACUGACAACCCUGCAGCAGCCAGCAGCCCCAGUAGCCUUAUAAAGCGUCUAUAUUUCUUGUAG